AUGGAUGGAGCACUUCAGGGAGUGCAGCAGAAUAUCAAUGCAUCCGGGCUAGGCAUUCAAAAUAUUCGAUCUGGUGUCGGGACGGUAGCGGUUUACGUUCGUUUCUUCAAUCUCACGGGUACAGAUGUUGAUGUAAUCUGGAUAAACGAAGAGGGUAGAGGAAUUCGCUAUGGGCAAUUGAAAAAAUCGCAGUAUCUUGAUAUUAACACUUAUGAAGGGCAUCCAUGGAUUUUUCGAGAGUCUGGCGUUGGAGACCUUCUUGUAGGGCAACCUGGUCGGAUCACAAGAGUGAUACAAAACCUUCUUGUACAUCGACUUCAGUAUGUGAGCAUGUUUGAACCGAAUCCAUUAGUUGGAAGACGUCUUCGGGCCACAGUCAGAAGAUAUAUGAACCCUACACCUGCACUCCCAGCUCAGCAACCUCUUUUUGGUGACAACGCCCAUUAUGCUCAUGAUCAGGACCAUGCUGACGAUGUCGAAGAGAAUCAGGAGAACUAA